GACCGGAAGCCGUUUCUGUUUAAAUUGUGUUGUGUUUUGACGUCGACGUGGACACGGUCUCCUGUCCACAGCGUAGUGAUGGAUAGUGUGGGGGAUCACUCAGGUCCGAUGAGGGUUUUGGUGACUGGAGGGUCUGGCUUGGUGGGUAGGGCCAUACAACAUAUUGUCAAAGAAGAGGGUGGUGGCAAGGAGGGCGAAGAAUGGACAUUCCUUUCCUCCAAGGAUGCUAACCUCAUGAACAUGGAGGAGACACGGGCAGUGUUUCAGAAGCAUCGGCCCACCCAUAUCAUCCACCUGGCCGCUAUGGUUGGAGGGCUGUUCAAAAACAUGAGGGUCAAUCUUGACUUCUGGAGAAACAAUAUCUACAUCAAUGAUAAUGUGCUGCAGGCAGCACAUGAAGUGGGUGUGGUCAAAGUGGUGUCCUGCCUAUCCACCUGCAUCUUCCCUGAUAAGACUACCUACCCCAUUGAUGAGACCAUGAUUCAUAAUGGCCCACCUCAUGAGUCAAACUUUGGCUAUGCCUAUGCGAAGAGAAUGAUCGAUGUUCACAAUAGGGCAUAUUUUCAGCAGCAUGGGCGCUACUACACAGCUGUGAUUCCCACCAACGUGUUCGGUCCCCAUGACAACUUCAGCAUUGAGGACGGCCACGUGUUACCAGGCCUCAUACACAAAGCUUACAUUGCUCAAAAGGAGGGGAAGCCUUUAGUGGUAUGGGGUUCUGGCACUCCCAGAAGGCAGUUCAUUUACUCUUUGGACCUGGCUCGCCUCUUCCUGUGGGUUCUGAGGGAGUAUAAUGAAGUGGAACCAAUCAUACUUUCUGUUGGGGAGGAAGAUGAGGUGUCCAUCAAAGAAGCAGCAGAUGCAGUUGUGGCAGCACUGGGGUUCAAAGGUGAAGUGGUGUACGAUACCAGUAAAGCAGAUGGACAGUUCAAGAAGACAGCCAGCAACGCAAAGCUGCUCCGUUACCUGCCAAACUUCUCCUUUACACCCUUUAACAAAGCUUUGAAGGACACCUGUGAUUGGUUUGUUGCCAACUAUGACACAGCUCGCAAAUGAAGUCUUCAAAACAAGUUGGGAAAGUCCAAGUGAAUUCACUGUAUGCUCUCUGGGGAGCAAGAAUAGAAAGGGGCAUUGGUGGAGGUAGUGACUGGUGAGGGAGUUGAAGAUGACUUAUUCAUCCAGACAGAACACCGUUGUAAGUGAAGUGUGUCACUGUCAUUAUAGUUGUGUCAUUUAUGUCUAUACACUCCAAGUGUGAAUGUUUUGAGCUGGACAGUCUGUCUCACCUCUCUGUAAUGUCUGCAGCACUAGGCAAUCAGCAACUUUGUUGUUACAGACUUGCCCACAGUCUGUGUGGUUGAAUAUCACAUCAGUGUGAUGUCAGUUUUAAUCUGCACCAAUGCAACAUACUAUAUCAGAACAGUACAACCUAUCCCAGUGUCAGCUGUCCAAACUGUUACACAAUGCAGGCAUUAUGACCACAAUGUAUGAUCAUAGACAUAUUUCAUUAUGUGCAACUUUCAGUUGCUUUUUUUUUUUUCUUCUUCUUCUGAGGGUUGGUGUUACUCAGUUCAUUUGUAAAUCAGUUGCUUAAGUCUUGUAAUUGAGAAGCAGGCACAUUUUGUAAUUCAAAGCUCCUGUUGAUUUUAAAUACACUUGAGCAGUUUAAUAUGUCACUAGUCUGUAUGACAUUCUUGUGGGGUAUGGAUAUUGAAGUCUUAAAAGGCCAACUGUUGUUGCCUAAAUGCUUUAUUGGGUGAACACAAUGAUUUGUUUGUCUUGGUUAUGGUAUAUGCUGCUGUUAACUGGGUGGAUUGGGAUAUUUAUUAUGUCAAUCAAUGAUCUUAGUUUUGUUUCCUGAUUAAAAUGUUUUUAUACCUAUG